AUAAAAGCCUGAUUCUACCAGUAACUGUGUCCUUCAAACACACACAGGGUGGAGUACCAAAACUUCUCUAUUCUACAGUUUCUAUAUGACCGGUACUUACAGGUCGAAUCACAACACAGAUGUCGAUGCCUCAUUUCAUCAUCAGAUUGUGUGCAUAGCAAGUGUGCGAGGGAGGCCCUUUUUACGCAGAGAUCGUUCUAUGGCGCUGCCAGUAAGAGGAAGUGACAGGGAGCUGGAUGGGAACCAAGCAGGAAUCGGUUUGAGGGGAAAGAAGUUUCGCCCUUCUCAGUUCAAGAAUACUGCCUCACGUGACCUUACUGUGCACUCUCUUUCCUUCUGCCAAUAAGGGGAGAAAGCAUGCAGAAUUAAUUAGAAGGGGAGGAGCCCAUGUUGAAGCAAGUGUUGUGUCAUCUACCACAGUUUCAUAAACAUUCAUUAAUCAGUUGCAAAUGUGUGUCUGUCAGGGUGAACAAGCACAAAGAGGACUGUUGUUUCUGUUUUAUCCAACACAUCAGGAAGAAAGAGGAAAGGAUUCGGAGACAGUAAAAGAGUUUGAGGUGUCCAAGGAGGAUGUGCAGCCACAGAGACAUGGACAGGACACAUGUGAAGACAGAGGAGGCUGACAAGGAGAAGACGGAAGAGGACGUGGUGCUCCUCCGGAGAGAGAUUGGCCUGCUGCCUGCAGUGUGCUUCAUCAUUGGCACAGUGGUGGGCAGUGGGAUCUUCAUCGCACCCAAGGGAGUCCUGAUGAACAGUGGCAGCGUGGGGCUCUCUCUGCUGGUGUGGGUGCUGUGUGGGGUCCUCUCCAUGUUUGGGGCCCUUUGCUAUGCUGAACUGGGCACCAGUUUUAAAAAAUCAGGGGCUGACUACGCUUACUUACUGGAGACACUGGGGCCACUGCCUGCCUUUUUACGACUCUGGGUUGAGUUCUUAUUCAUCAGGCCUGCUGUUGCUUCCUACAUGUCCCUGGCUUUUGGCCGUUAUGUGGUGGAGCCAUUCUUUGAACCCUGUGCUGCUCCGACAGUGCUAAUCAAACUUGUUGCCAUCCUGGGGGCAACGUUUGUCAUGGCAGUCAACUGCUGGAGUGUGACCACGGCCUCUCGCACUCAGGUCACCUUGACUUUCAUUAAGAUGUUUGCUCUGGCCCUCAUCAUCAUCCCUGGUGUCAUCGCACUGGCUAAAGGAAAAACUGAGAAUUUCCAGAAUGGUUUUGAGGUUGACUUAUUAACAUUAGAUAGAUUGCCCCUGGCCUUCUAUAAUGGCCUAUAUGCCUAUGCUGGAUGGUUUUACUUGAACUUUGUCACAGAAGAGGUCAUAAACCCAAACAGAAACAUCCCGCUGGCAAUAACCUUUUCCAUGGUGACAGUGACAGUCUUUUAUGUGCUUGUAAAUGUGGCCUACUACACCAUGAUGACUCCGGCUGAGCUGCUGGUGUCUGAUGCCGUGGCUGUGACGUUUGCGAACCGUGCUCUUCAGGGAUUGGCUUCUGUGAUUCCCUUUCUAGUGGCCCUAUCCUGCCUUGGAGCACUUAACGGUGGUUUCUUUGGGUCAGCCAGGUAA